AAUUAGACAGAGGACCAGUCUAGAGUUUGUAAACAUAGAAAGACAUUGAGGAAAUUGAAGGGAAAAACUGACUGACGUAUUAAAAAUGAAGUAAAAAUGGCAUAUUGUAUCCUCUUUUUACUGAUACUAGCCACACUAGUCACACAGAUGUCAAAUGGUGAUAAAAACAAAUGCCACAGAGCCAUCCAAGAUUUUGUAAAAAUCGUGGCAUCGUGUCCAAAAACCAAAAAAGAAUGGGAUAUCGCUGCCAGCAAGAAAAACUGUGAACAAUUAACGUCACAAGCAUUGUGUGGGACAAGUAAAGAACCAUAUGUCUACCACUGUGUUAUUAAUGGAUUCGAAAAUGAAACUUUGGAAGUUUGUGCACCCAGAAAGAUCAUAUUUGGAUAUUGCACAGAAUACAAUGUUGCCGGAGGAGUUAUCCAAGGUCACAAAUCAGCCAAAUGCAACAGUACAUUUCCCAAGUGUGGCAAGUCUUACAAUUCCACGGAGGCCUACAAAUACCCUGACUGUUAUGAGCUUGUUUAUAAAAAACAAGCUUUAAAGACAACGACUUACCCACCAGAAAAAAGAACGACAACCAGCAAACCGGAUCAAGGUGAAAGUUCAGUCAAAGAUGUGAUGAUUUGUGCAGUGAUUGUAAUUUGUGGUCUUGUAGUUUUGUUUGUAAGACGUUGCAAAAGAAAGAGAAGAAAAAACUUGAAGGAUGAAGAAGAAAACCAUGACCUGAUAGAAAACAAGCAAGAUCCAUCAAUCAAGUGUUUUUACAUCAAAGCCAAACAUUUCGAACACUAUCACUAUGUUAACAAUCUGGCGAAAGACUGCGAACUUCGUUUGGAAAAGGUGAUUAGGGACGAGAACAGAAGAAAAUAUGGGUCUGAUAAAGAAGUCAUGAUUAAAGUUAUUGGAAAUCAUACUGAUGACAACCUAAAAUUGUUAUCAAAAGUAAAAGAAGAGAAACAUAUGCGAGGGGGAAUGCUUGAACUCAGUUGGAAAGCAGCCCCACUUCUUUGCUUUCAAAAUGAUCUUCAAUUAGAAUCAGCCUUAGAGAUUUUGCGUAGAGAAAAUGCAUGUCACAAAAUCCUGAUCCAAUCCGAUGUCCCUUUUGACAAAACACCCGAAGCAGAUGGUUCCAUUAUCAGUGUUGGUCAGAGCAAACGACGAAUAAAAGAGAUCAUCACAUCAUGUUUGGAGGAGCAACUAGAUCAAGUGCUACAAGAUUGGUUGGGAAAACUCAAACAUGAAGAUUUAAAUAAACAAACAUCCGAUAUUAUUGCCGAAAUAGAAGCUAUCCGGAAACAGUUGAUACUUGACACCCGACACAACACAAAUGGUCUUGAUGCACCUUGUAUCGCCAACAAAUCCAUUGUUCCAAAUGAUGUUAAGGAGUACCUGUUCAGACGGUUUGACGUAAAUGGAUUUGGAAUAUGGGGAUGUUCAACAAUCCAGAUAUUUUUGAAGAAGGCAACCGAUUAUGAGAUAUUAAAGCGUGAAUUGAUCACAUUGAACCAAAACUUCUUUGAAAAAUACCAUUUAAAAAUAGAAACUGGAAAUAUGGUAGAAAAGCAGACUCUGCGACACUGUAACUCUACGAUGCUAAAGAUAUAUGUAUGACAAGUUUUAAAAAUAUUUAACUACAAAACCUUACGAUGAGACGAAGUAACAGGACAACAACCUUUUAUUUAUUGAAGACUCUUGCGAUUCCAAAUCUAUUGCACAUUGCAUUGUCUGUAUAUAAAGGAGGAUUUAAUACACUUAAUACUAAAAAGUUGGUUUUAGAAAUAUUGAAGGAAACCUCUUGGAUAAAUUGUAAAACAGAAACUCGCCAUACGAUUAUUUCAAUUUCAGGGUCGCAUGUAUUUGUUUUCAUUCAAAAGUUCUCAUCAAAGUUUUAUUCCUUUUUGUAAAGUGCUUAAAUUUUCGUAAAAAAAUUUCUCUCCACAGUCGUCAAGUUCUGAAUAUUUUUUGAAAACGAUUCAUUUGACUACACUGGCAUGAAACCAUCGAAAGAUGAAAAUAAAACCAGCUUAGAGUAAUAUAGUGCGAUUUGUAAGUGUAUCAGCGCACUAAAAUUAUUUGAUUCGGCAUUGUUUUUGUUUUUGCUUCUUUUCCAUUGUUCCUUCAUUUAAUUAUUAUCUUGUUUUUAAAACAUUUGUUUCUUUUUGUUAGAUUUGUACUUGUGGAAUAAAUCUUUUGCGUAUGUGUUAUAAGCGUGUAUAAUAUUUUCUUGAUAAGUAACUUUUUAAUUAAAAGUUA